CUGUGAAUUAUCAUAGGAGUUUAAAGUUACAAAGUUACGCAGUUGUUGAAGAAGCCGGAACGUUUUCAUUGCGAUCCUAACAAAAAAAAACUAUAAUAAACGAAAGCAAUUAUCAAAUCGUUGGUGAUUAAAAUUAAUCAUAAAGAUUUCUAUUGUACUGAGAGUGACGACAAAACGCACAGGAAGUCUCUUAGUGAGAGAGCUUUGGGCGAUCCAUCUGUCUUAAUUAUUUCAUCGGCUCGAGUUGUAUUUUUUGCGCUAGAAGGCGACCGUCCAGCAGGGCGAUACCAUUUUAUGACUUUUCCUCGACGACAAGAUUGAUACAAUGAACAACAGAAAAAGAAGACGUGAAACACAAUCUUCAAAGGCAACAUCACCCUCGAAUGCAGAACCCACGAAAAAACACAAAAAGAUUGAAAAGUCAUCAUUUCCAAAUGCUGCUUCUUCUCAGUUCCCACCUUCAACGUCCAAACCUAAAGUAUCAAAUACUGCAUCAAAAGACGCGAAAGAAGAAGAUCAAGAACAAAAAUAUUACACCAGAUACAUGUCCUUGAAUGCAAUUCUACCGGAAGGUAACAUUGUCAAAGAAAAAAUCCAGGAUGAUGUUAAUGUUUUGAGUCGACUCAAAAUUGUUUGUAGCAUUUUCUUGGAAUACAUUAUGAAUGCACAUGAUUCGAAAAUAGCUAAGCGUUAUGCUAAAGAGGGGAUUCAGUUCGACAAAAUUAUGGGUUGUUUUAAGAAAAGAACUGUAGCGGCAGAGAAGACUUUUAGGAAAAAGCAUGGCGAGUUAGAUAAAUUAUUCGAAGAUUUUAAAGUAUUACUAAAGGAUGAGAAAACGGAAAUUGAUUCUGAUUUAUUUGAGGAAUUUCAACAAUUACACAAAGGGAAAUCAAAAUGGAAGGAUGAAAAUGAGAAAUACGAAGCAUUCAAUAAAUACAGAAUAGAAAAAUUAACCAAAUUUGAUUGCGCCAACAAAGAGGAUCUUAUUUUACAAGCCUGUCAAGAAAUGAAAAAAGAUAUGGGUGUUCAUAUACACAUAAAUGGACCCAAAAUUCUUGAAAAGUAUUUUAAUUUACUCUUAAUGGAAAAGAAGAACCAAAAUAAUGAUGAAUAUAAAGUAGAGGAUUCAUUCGUAAAAGCAAAUAGUGAUGAAGAGAAGAUUGAGGAAAAUCUCAAAAAUCGGAGAAGACGUAAAAAUUGGAAUAAAAAGAUGAAGAAAAAAAGAAUGGAAAGAAAAAGAACACAUAACAUGGAAGAUCAGAACAAACAACAAAAAAAAGAAAUGACAAGACAACAAUUGAGAAAAGAAAGAAUAUACUUUCAAUUGAUAACACGUAAAGCUGAUCGGAAGGAUGAUUUGAAAAAAAUUAAUGAAGAUUACGACAAAAGAACGUAUAAAGUGAAGAAAAAGACUGAAAUAACGGAAGAAGAAAAAGAAAAGAAGAAAAAAGAGAAGAAGGAAAAAGAGAAGAAGAAAAAAGAGAAGAAGGAAAAAGAGAAGAAGGAAAAAGAGAAGAAGAAAAAAGAAGAGAAAAAGAAAAAAGAGGAGGAGAAGAAGAAAGAACAGGAAAAGAACAAAGAGGAAAAGAAAAAAGAAGAGAAGAAAACAAACGAUGAACCAAAAACGAGAAAUAAACCUUUGACACGAAAAGAACGCAAACAGCAAGUAGAAACACUUGUUAAUCUAUUAAUAGAAGAAAAUCAAUGCACCGAUGAGACAUUGAAAAAAAUUUUAAAAGAAGUACAAGAAGAGUAUGACACUUUCUACGAAAAACUGGAAAAGGAAGAAGAAGAAGAAGAAGAAGAAGAGAAGAAGAAGCAAGAGGAAAUCGAGAAUGAAAAGGGAAAGAAAACAGAAAAAGAAGAAAUUCAAGGACAAAAGAGAAAGAAAGCAGAAGAGAAAAAACAAGUAGAACGAAGAAAGCCUCUUGAUUUUAAGAAUUUGAAAAGCCACUACACAUCGCAUAAAUUGCUGCCGUUCUUCAUGAAAUUACAAAAACAUUUUGUUGAAAACAAAAUAAAAAGUUUUGUUUUAUUUCCCAUUAGACGUUAUGGUAUUCAACAUGCAACGUAUACCAAAACUAUUCUUCUUAGAAACGUGCUACCAUAUGUGCACAAGAAAGAAAAUAUGAAUCCACAGCAAAAAAAAAAUGAAAUAAACAAGAUAAAUAAACUAAAUGGAAAAGAUAAUCAGUUGGAAUACUUGUGGAAUAGAUUGUUUGAUUUUACCGAAUUAAUGAAGAAAAAUAAGAUUAAAAAAUUACCUACUUUGAUGCAAACGGACGGAGUGAAGGUGUCACUAAUUUUCGAUAGGACAGAAACGCAAAAAGAGAUAUUUAAGCAGGAACCGAAAGAAGUAAAAAUAAAAAAGUAUACAAGAUUCGUCGGUCUAGAUCCAGGUCGGAAAGCCAUUGUUGGGGGAGUCAUUCGACGCGGAGAACCGAAAAUGUUAGAGAAAGUUAAAGAUCAAGACGCACCGAUAUAUGUGAAAGCAAAAACUUUUCGUUUUCGUGCCGGAGAGUUUAGAAGGAGAGACAUUUUAAACAGAAAAACGAAAAAAAUGAACGAAAAAUACAAAAAGUUUAUGAAGGAAAACCCUACAUUCAACGUCAACACCAAAGAUCCCAGGCAGUACGAAAAGAUUGCAAAAUUUCGAAUGAAAUUAUUCGAAAUAUUUCAAGAUACUCUGUCAAAGAGAAGCAUCGUCCAACUGAAAUUUAAUAAACUUGUGCUUGUAGAGCGAGAAAAAGAUAGAGUCGUGAAUAAAAUAAUAGGAAAUUUGAAAGAAGAAUCAUGUUUCGUUGGAAUCGGAAAUGAAAAAUUGGCCAAUUUUACAAAAGGACAUGUUUUCACACCUAUUCGACAAAUCCACAAGAAACUGCAAGAGCGGUCAAGACAAGUCGGUGAACAGAAAUUAAAAAUAUUACAUGUUUCCGAGUGGUACACUACACAGAAAUGUAGCACAUGCUGCGGACAGUGUUUCGUAUCAGCAUCUCCAAAACGGUAUUCAUUUUGCCAAAAAUGCAAUAUCACUUGGGAGAGAGAUAUAAACGCUGGCAGGAAUAUAUUGAACUUGGCCCUUAUCAAGGCUAAUUUGAUGGAGAGGACAGAUCUUAAAGAUCCAUCAGUAUUUCCUCAAAUUAGAGAAUCAGCAAACGCGGACAUUUUUAGAUGAUCAUUUUUGCAGCUCAUCUCUUGAUGAGCAUACACGUCAGUGUAUAGAGAAACUAUGUUACUAUCAUAUUGCGUCUAGGACAACAACGAAGCGCCAAUAACUACUCAUAGAGUUGCUCUGUCUACUUUAAUGGCUCAUUAUCUUUGUAAUAUACUAUUGAAAGUAGGACUCGCAUAAGACUAUAUAGCUUUUGUAUAUUUAUUUCCGUGACAAGUGACCUGCGAAUAAAUCUCUAGACGCAUGUAAAAUAUUCACUGACAAUUAUCGGGAAUUUAUAAAGAAUUUUUUAGAAAUUUUAAUUUUUUUGCAUUUUUAUACAAUUUUUUUUUUAUUAUAAAUAUUUAUUUAAUUCAAAUAAAACUUGACUAUUAUUAAAUAAAUAUUUACUUGAACAGAUCAAGUGAAUUAAAAUUCAA